GCCGGUGAGCGGCACCACCCCCGCCCACUGCGGGCAGAGAGAGUUCUGCGGUGGGCAGGACACUCCGAGUCCUCCAGUGGUCGGGACAGUCCCCCAAACAGACAGACGAACUGGAGCAACACUUUUAAUGAAGGAUUUCUGGUGUUUAUUUUUGUUAUUAUUGUUUUUUUCUUCUCUUCCCUACAUUAUUUCUCUUCCCUACAUUAUUUUAAACCGCGAUGGCCGAAGCCCGGCGUGAAGAAGAGGAAGAGGGGGAUGAGCGCCGAGACCUGUGGGACGUCCGGCACAGAAACCAGGCAACAGAUCAUCCUGAAAGAACCAAGCCGGAUCAUUUACAUUUAAGCCAGCGGCCUCUGUCCUCUCUACGAGCUGCUAUCAAACGAACAAGAACCAACUCUCAGAUUGACCACACCAGAGAAAGAAGGCGACCGGAGAUUACCAUCGUCUCAGCAGAACCUCUGGUUCCCAGUCACAGCUGGUUCUCAGGAAACUCUGUGGUUUUCCUCCCUCCUCCUCCUCCUCCAUCAGGCUGGUCUGCAGGCAUCCAGGCUGUUCCCCAGCCCCCACCGUCCUAUGACCAGGUGAUUCAAGAGAAGACCCACGAAGGGCACAUUGUCAAGCCCACUGCAGCCCCCCGUCGGACCACCUGCACCACCACAAGCGCCACUCAGACUGACCCUGUGGGGGAAGACACUAGUGCUGCUGCUCCACAGUUGGCAGGGCAAAGACCUGCAGGUAAAAAGCCACAAAAACCACAGAGGCCGUCUCUGCCGAAACCAGCGGACAGAGAACCAGUCGGGGCUAAUACUCCAGUAUCCACAAACGCUGAGGACCAAAGUGAUGACGAGUCAGAUGUAAAGCAACCCGACCAAUCGGGUUCCGCUCACACCUGCAUUAGAUCUGUCACUGUACUCUGGGAUACUCCUUCCUCUUCCCCGGACUCGGAGCCCAGUCGACGCCCCGUUCCACUUCCUCGUACAAAACCCCGAAAGCCGGCGAUCACAGAAGAGGUCAAAGUUCAGACUUUGGUCCAGCUCAGUGAACAUUGUGACAGCAUCCAAUCGGCUCCAGAGGUGGUCUCCUCCAAUAAGUAUUUAAAGGAGUUAUUGGAAGUCUUUAGUGCGGUGAACGAGUGUGCGGAGAACGGCGCCAACGGAAACCAAUCAGACGAGGCCUUACGAGGCGACGAUGCACGUGGCGAAAUGACGACCAACCACAGUCAACGUAAUAUCCGGGCCAGGAUCCAGGCCUUUGAGACCCAGGAGGGAGACGCUGUUGAUUUGGCCAAACCGGAACCCACACCCAGGAAGGCGAUCAACAAACCUACAGUUGCUGCUAGACCUCAGUUGAACCAAAGUGUAGAUGAUGAUUAUCAAAAUGUAUCGAUCGAAAACAUCCCCCAAAUCCCUUCACCAGCCUCCAGACCUCUGCCCCCGAGGAAACCCGUGGAACCACCAGUAAAAGAGGAACUAGAGACUUUAUUCAGAAAGACGUCCAUCCCAAAGAGGUCACGCCCGUCUGUAUUGACCAGAGACAACAGCAUCCAUGAAGGAGACACGCCACCGGUUACACCUCCAGUGAGGCCUUUUAAGCAACCUCUGACACCUCCCAACCUGAAUAUCAACAACCACAACUCAGUCUCGGUCACAGAGAAUGUGUACGUGGACAGUCCAUUCAAUCCCAUCCAGGUCAAACCUCUGCGUAACGUGGACAGCAACGGAGGCUCCUCGGCCAGACAGAGUAUGACACGGAGACCCACCAUCAUCGGGGUCCCCAGCAAAUCAGCUUCAUUGUCAGAUAACUUUGAGGUCAGUGCCCCUCCUGUCCCGGCUCAGAAGCCCAUCGGCUUUCGAAACAGCUCAGUGAACCCCACACAGAGCCAGACGCCCGCCUUCCCCCACCAGGAGUUCAACCCGGUCGGACCAGAACCAUCACUACCACCUCGGAGGCUGUCGUCGCGCAACACCCUUCCCCCUCGCCCACAUCUAGCCAAAACGGGCCCAGUAAAACCUCCCACACCCAGCCUUCAGGCAAUAGGUCGAUCCCAGUCCGCACGUUGGGAAGCUUCACCUACACCCCAGACACAGAUGCCCCACAGGAAAGGACCUGUCUUACCUCCGAGGCCCAAACCAGGCCACCGUCUCUACAACAAAUACACUCUUCAUCUUCCUCAUGGGAUUGCAUCCUUCGACUACAAUGGGAGUAACACAGGAGAACUGUCAUUUCAGACAAAUGAGGUGCUCCUGCUGCUCGAUGAGAUCGAUCACAAUACGUUUGAGUGCCAAGUUGGAGACACGAGAGGCCGAGUACAAAAGUCGCACGUGAUGGUCAUAACUCCUCUUGCCUCCGUCUCACACAUGCCCCCGCCACAGGAUGCCGGUCCAGCCGAUUCAGGUGGAGCUGGUUCUGAGCUGGAGGUGCAGGCCAUCCAUGACUUCAAUCCAGUGGGUGAAGGAGAGCUGGGCCUGAGGGCCGGAGAUGUUGUGACCAUGGUGGAGCAGGUGGACGGUGACUGGUACAGAGGCACUUGUAAGGGAUCUACUGGUUUCUUUCCCACCAGUUAUGUCAAAGUACUGUCAAAAUCCCCCAAACCGCUGCCUGAACGGAAAGCAAGGCCCCCGUCCGCAACAGUCAGCGGUCCGAGAUGCCUGGCGAUAUUCGACUUUGCGGGGGAGAACGACGAAGAGCUGACGUUCUCUGAGGGGGAUGUGAUCCAGCUGAUGGCGUUCAUUGGACAGGACUGGGCACGGGGGAAACUGGGCGUCUCGUCUGGUAUCUUCCCUCUCAACUUCGUAGAGGUCAUUGAAGACCUGCCUCCAGCGCCGAGUCAGCAGAAGAGACUGUCCAUCGGGAUCGCACUGCCUGGCAUGGUUGCUUUUCCCAGUACACACCCUAAAGUGGCCAAACCGGCUCAGGCAUCUCCACCCGGAGUGGAGUGGGCGGUGGCUCGGUAUGACUAUGCGGGGAAUUCAGACGGCGACCUGACGUUUCAGCAGGGCGACCGGAUCCUGAUCAGCCAGCAUGUCGACGCCGAGUGGAGCUACGGCCGGCUGAACGGGGCCGAGGGCUUGUUCCCCAGGGCUUUUGUUGAGAGCAGCGCAGGUCAGCAGUCUGAUAACCAGCCGAGUGGAGCGGCUGGUGGAAGUAGAGGCCGGGCGAUGUUCAACUUCACGUCAGAGUCUGAAGAGGAGCUCUCUCUGCAGGUUGGGGAUAUCGUAACUGGUCUGGAGACCGUUGACGAAGAAUGGUUCCUGGGGGACUUGAGGGGGAGACGGGCCCUGCUCCCUAGAAACUAUGUGCAAAUACUGGGAUAGUGUCACAUCACUGUUGGACAACAAGCACUGACCUGAGAUCAGAGGAUUCCAGCAGUGGAAGUCUGAAGGGAACUGGAAGUUCCGCACAAUUUCCUCUCCAAGUUGUGCAACAGCUUUUUUUUUUUUCAUCCAAUGCCUUAACUUAUAAAGUGUUAACAGAAUCAUCUAUCAUGACAACAAAUCAAUCUAAAUACUGUAUUGAUUCAUAAAAGGGUUUGUAUUCUUCCAACUGUGCAUUUGCACCAUAUUGUGAUUUUCCUUCCGUUAGCUAUAUUUUGUGUGUGUGGUCAUCUUCUGAUAUUACUCUGACUAACAUAAACCUUGGAUUAUAAUAUAUUACACGAAACAAGGCUCAAAUAAAGCUCAGAACAUUGAAUGGAACAAAGUGUUGCUGCAAGAUCAGGAUGACCAAAAUGACAAACUUCUGUGAAGCAUGAAUAAAGAAACAUCUAGAUGUAGUACCAACUUCA